AUGUCAACAACUACCGACCAAGAGCUUUCCUACGAGCUCGUGUCCAAAGGAAAACCUCAAACAUACUGCAUCACAAGGCCCGGCUCUCAGGAAAACUCAGCAUACUACAUCGAGACUCAUGAGACUUUCUCAAAGCACAAAUUCGACCUUAUACUUCACCAAGGACACUCCAAAGUCGAAGAAGUCCUAGGUGUUGCGAAAAUGCACCGUCGAGGUUUUACUAUCGGGGUUGGCAAUCCAGCUGGAGAGAUAGAAGGCAACGAGAUGAUAUGGGAAAGAUUGGAGCGACCCGAAAAAUAUAGCCACAAGGUGUACUAUUUCGACUUCGGAACCGGGGCAACGAGAACGACAUAUACAUGGCGGAAAUCGUAUCGCUCACUAGGAAGACUGAAAACCAUGGAACUUCGUGUCGGAGGCGUUGAUGAAGAAAAUGGGCGGCUCUUAGCGACGUGGAUAGGAAGCAAUACUUGGAAGAUGAAGGAUGGCAGCUUGUUUAUCGCAUCGACUGUAAAUGCCGGCCAAGAUCCUGACUCACCCGGCGAUGAAGAGACCACGAAGUGGGAGUUGAUGGUUUGUUUGACUACAAUUGCUAUUAUUGAGAGUCAGGUGAGAAGGAGUAAGGGGUAA